UAACAAUUUUAUUUACAUACUUGAAUGACUUUGUUUAAGAAAAAUCUAUAUAUAUAUUUGUUUUAUAUCAUGAAUACUUAAAAUGUGUUGUCGAUUAAUAAGAUCGAACUUUUUGGUAAAAAUAUGAUAAAGGUCAUCAAGUGGCAACUACAAUUAUUUAUCAUUGUCAAGGGCAAUAAUAAUGUGACCAUAGUGAAUUUAAAAUUGACAGUUAGGAAGACAACUAACAUCUGUCAUUUACCAGUCGUUUUCAUUCUAUCAAAGCUGAUAAGCGGCUUAUAACUUGAUGUUGCAAAUAUUUUGCGGAAUUAUUUCUUAAACAUUUGGCGGAAGAUGUACUGAUGAUGAUGAUGGUGUGACAUUAACUUCACGAUGUCUAGUUGUGAAGUGGAUUUAUUUCGUGAUACAUGGGUUCGAUACUUAGGGUAUGCCAAUGAAGUGGGUGAAUCGUUUCGGUCACUUGUACCCGUCAAAGUUGUAAGGGCUAGCUACGCUGUUGCAUUUGCCUACGCCUUUGCUGACACUGCGGAUAAAGGAUGGAAGAUGUAUCAGAAUGAUGGUAGGCCAAAGAAGGUGCUAAUUGAAACAGGUGAUGCUCUGAUUUGGCAGACUUUGGCUUCAGUAGUUAUUCCAGGCUUUACAAUUAACAGGAUUUGUGCAUACACCAACAAUUAUUUACAGAAGAAUGCUAAGCGCCUACCACCAACACCAAGAAGUUUGGUCACAGUAGCUGUUGGUCUGGCCUCAAUACCUUUUAUUGUACAUCCAAUUGACAAUGGAGUGACACUACUCAUGAAUCUCACAUACAGACGGUGGAUCCAUUGACAAUAAACAGUUUUUUUUUAAUUUUUGACUGUUAAAAAGUUGAUGAAUGCUUUAAAUUUAAAUUUGAAAAUAUUCUAGUUAUUAACUUUAAAGGCGCUGUAUUUGCAUUUUGUUAGCAACACAGCAUUUAUUGUCAAUGGUAAUCGAUGUUUACUUUGGUUCUAAAUGUAGAUUGCGUAUAAUUAAACGGUGAAAAGUCUUUUAAAGAUACUGCGAAGAUUGGCUAGACAUUAGAUAUGAAAAAAGUUAAAUAAAUUUGCUAUAGAUAAAAAUGGCUUUAGUCUGGCAAUCGUGUUUUAAGAGCCUUUAUUUAUUUUUAGACCAUUUCUUUAAUAUACUAUAAUCACAAAUUGCUAUACUCGAAAAUAUUUAUUAAUUGAAAAUUAUAUAUAGUGUAAUUUUAAAUAAAACACAUUCUAUUGAGCAAUGACAAACAAGGUAUCAUUUGCUUUGUUCGUGAGCGACUCAUUGUUUGUCAUAUGACCAAAUUAACGCUGACAAAUGAGCUUUAUCUUUACACUUUUUGAUUUUAAUGAAAACCGGUCCAGUUACAUUGUUGGUAUACGCCUUUUGCAUAUCGUGGCGGAGCGGAACGCCAUCUGUCGGUUGGUGGCGGCAACUUGCAGUCGUAUCUCUCAAAAUAAUCGUAUGAUUUUCGCCAAACAAUUAUCAUGUGUGAAUUUCAGAAUGUUCAUGCAGAAUUUUUUCACGAACGAAAAAUGAGAUCUUUCAAAUUAAUUGUAAUCAUUAAGAAACAUAAUAUACAGACUACAAAAACAUGGUUUGCAUGGUUGAGAAAAAGUUUUUGGAGUCCGCAUAUUAUUUUUCUUGGCAAUUAAAAGGGAGGAAAUUAUUUCUAUUAUUUUUGUUAUAGUCGAAUUAUAACUAGGUUAUUUAUUAUAAUUAUUUUUAAUAUAAAUAAAUAUAACUUAUUUUAUUAGUCUUCUGGAGAUUUAAUUUCGUUUUGGUAGGGUUUUUUUUUUACUUUAUGAAACACCGAAAACAGCGAUUUUACUGUAUAUAAGUGCGCGGUAAGGCUCGUACGCUACGAUUUCCUAUUAUAUCUGGCGUGGAGCUGCUGCCACAUCUCUUGAUACGUAUUUAUUCGUAGGAUUAUCGUAUCACUAAUAACUCGAACAUUAUAAGGCAUAACUAUUUUAUACCAUGCUCAGGUAGUGGAAAUUCAUGACACAGUUGGGAACAAGUAAAUUUAAUUUCCCAUUUUUGUCACGGAAUCGGGAAUUGACUUUUUAUUCGAAUUGGGAUUGGGUAUUUUUAAAACCCACAACACAAUGUAGUACGUCGUACCACCAAUUUUUUGUUCGCCUAGAAAGCACUUUUUUAUAUUUUUUACUGAAAUAAUACCGGAAACCAUACAGAUCGAAUGCGAACGUCCGCUCGUUGCCCGAAUCUGCCACAAGUCUUAUAAUUAUCCAAGAGGCGUAUAGUCAGGAAAAUUGACAAAAGUUUGUUCUCAUUAAUUUCAAAAUAAUGCAAUCGAAUUAUCUAUUACAGUACAAAUGCAAAACGUGAGUUUGUUAUAGGGCACUCUAAAGUCUACAGUUUAUAUUGAUACAAAAAAGUUCUGAAUAGCGACAAUAGGCCCCAGACAUAUUUCUGUAUUUUUUUAAUUCAUGCCUAUUUUUUUACGCAAGCAAUAAGCAUUCUGUUCGCAUAAAUUAGUUUGUCGGAAAUUGAGUCCACGAAUCUACCCAUUAUAUGCGGCGAUGUUAUAACAGACUGAUUUAAAUUGUUCCUUUGGUCCUUAAUAUUUGGGCUAAAUUUAUUUUCAGUUUUUUAUAACACCUUACAAAAAAAAUUGACGAUGUGGACAAUUUGUCUUUACGUGCCAGUUAUUUAUUUAAAAAUCUGUUUAGAAUACCUUUUGCGGUUGGCUGGGGUAAAUCGCCCCUUUUGAAACUAUUUAUUUUCUAUGGUUAUAAAAAUGUAUAUUUAACAAUGUAUUUGUUCUAAACUAUGGGACUUGUUAUAUCAGUUAUAGUUUUUGUUAUUUCGUACAAUUUUAUUGUUGCUUGGUUUAUAAUCUCUGGGCUGUGACAUUAAUGUUAUAGUCAUGAUAAUUUUAGUACGUUCCAUUUGGAGUUAUUAUAUUAAUAAGGAUUUUCGGGGUUUUCAGAAAAUCCUUUUUUUAUUACUCAGAUAUUUAUGUUCCAAAAAUUUAGGUUGUUAAACUAUUGUACUAUGUUUAUAAUCACAACAAAUUAAAUGUGCCAUGUAGUUAUUACUUGAUAGUUAUUUUAUACGAAAAACACACGUACAAAAAUAUUUCAUUGUUAAUGUUAAUAAAAAUA